UAUGAAGUAAACAAACAAUAAGUUUAACAUUAAUUGAGUAUUAAUUUGAAUAAUAAAUCAAUUGUAAACAAAAUGUCAAACAAUAGGCAAUACAACGGCGACUACACUUCGGUUAACGUGGACAGCGGAAGCGAUGACAACUUAGAGACGCAGAGCCCACAGACCACUAGUGAUCCAAAGAUACAAAAACUCAAACAACACGUGAAUGAAGUGUCAAAUAUAAUGCAACAGAAUAUCGAUAAGAUCUUAGAGAGGGGUUCCCGUCUCGACAAUCUCGAGGACAGGUCCGAGAUGUUGACCAAUAGGGCCGACGAGUUCCGAGUGGGCGCCCGACGCGUGGCCCGCAAGAUGUGGUGGCAGAACAUGAAAGUCAAUAUCUUCAUCGGUGUUGUCGUCACUAUUGUUAUACUUAUAAUCGUUUUGUCGUUAACCGAAACCAAAUCCACCAAAUGAUGGCAUUGAUUGGCCUCCACUUUGAUAUGUUCGCAGAGAUUACACCACUUUUUAUAUACUAUUAAUGCAUAAUUGAUUUGUAAUUAAAGAAAG